CGCCGCCCGCCCUCGCCGCCGCCGCCGCCUCGCCGCCGCCGCCGCCAGCAGGCUGCCUGCUGUUUGCCGUGGAGAUCAUGAAACGACGUCGGCUUCCUAGCAGCAGUGAGGAUUCUGACGACAAUGGCAGUCUGUCCACCUGGUCCCAGCAUUCCAGAUCUCGACAUCGGAGGACUUCGUGUUCCAGACAUGAAGAUCGAAAACCUUCUGAGGUGUUCAGAACGGACCUGAUCACUGCCAUGAAGUUACAUGACUCCUUCCAGCUGAACCCUGAUGAAUACUAUGUGCUGGCAGACCCCUGGAGGCAGGAGUGGGAAAAGGGAGUUCAGGUGCCAGUUAGCCCAGGGACCAUCCCAGAACCAGUAGCCAGGAUUGUGUCUGAGACGAAAGCUGUCACGUUUACGCGUCCCAGGAAGUAUAUUGUUUCGUCAGGUUUGGAGCCUCCAGAGCUGGGCUAUGUUGACAUUCGAACCUUAGCAGACAGCGUGUGUCGCUACGAUCUCAAUGAUGUGGAUGUAGCAUGGUUGCAGCUUGCCAAUGAAGAAUUCAAAGAAAUGGGGAUGCCUGAGCUGGACGAGUACACGAUGGAAAGGGUCAUAGAGGAGUUUGAACAACGAUGCUAUGAUAAUAUGAAUCACGCUAUUGAGACAGAAGAAGGACUUGGGAUUGAAUAUGAUGAAGAUGUUGUCUGUGACGUCUGUCAGUCUCCAGAUGGAGAAGAUGGCAACGAAAUGGUGUUUUGUGACAAAUGCAAUAUUUGCGUGCACCAGGCGUGUUACGGGAUCCUGAAGGUGCCGGAAGGCAGCUGGCUGUGCAGGACCUGCGCACUGGGCGUUCAGCCCAAGUGUUUGCUGUGUCCCAAGAAGGGUGGCGCCAUGAAGCCGACCCGGAGUGGCACCAAGUGGGUGCACGUUAGCUGUGCUCUGUGGAUUCCAGAGGUGAGCAUCGGAAGCCCAGAAAAAAUGGAGCCCAUUACAAAGGUUUCUCACAUUCCCAGCAGUAGAUGGGCACUGGUGUGCAGCCUUUGCAACGAAAAAGUUGGAGCUUCUAUACAGUGUUCAGUGAAGAACUGCAGAACAGCCUUUCACGUCACCUGUGCAUUUGACCGUGGCUUGGAGAUGAAGACCAUACUGGCAGAGAACGAUGAGGUGAAAUUUAAGUCAUACUGUCCCAAGCACAGCUCCACCAAGAAAGCGGAUGAUGAGACUCUCAAUGAAAGCCCAGGUCAGGAGAACGGGAAUGGGAUUCAGGACAGCUCUCUUCCUGCCCACAUCGACCCUUUCCACAGCAUGGAUCAAAACCAGGAGGAGGCCCACAGAGUCAGCCUCCGCAAGCAAAAGCUUCAGCAGCUGGAGGACGAGUUCUAUACGUUUGUUGAGUCUUUGGAAGUAGCUAAAGCGCUGCGGCUGCCCGAGGAGCCGGUGGGAUUCCUUUACCAGUACUGGAAGCUGAAGAGAAAAGCCAACUUCAAUAAGCCUUUGAUUACCCCAAAGAAGGAUGAAGAGGACAAUCUGGCUAAACGGGAACAGGAUGUUUUGUUCAGAAGAUUGCAGCUCUUCACACACCUCCGGCAGGAUCUAGAGCGGGUGCGGAAUCUCACUUACAUGGUGACCCGAAGGGAAAAAAUCAAGAGAUCUGUUUGCAAAGUUCAAGAACAGAUCUUUAGUAUCUACGCAAAGCAGUUGGAACAAGAAAGAGUUUCAGGUGUGCCUUCCUCCUUCUCCUCAAUGGAAAACACGGUGUUGUUCAAUAGUCCAUCUCUGGGCCCCAACGCCCCCAAGAUAGAGGAUUUGAAAUGGCACUCUGCGUUCUUCAGGAAACAAAUGGGCGCAUCUCUAACCCACUCUUUGAAAAAACCACACAAGAGAGACGGAGUAAGAAACAGCUCUGGGAACGACAGCAAAUCCGUGCUGAGGCAGCCCAGCCCAAGGGAAGGCGGUGCAGCUCCGGGUAGCUUUUUAAAUUUUGACAAGACCUUUGCAGAAACGCGGAUUGUAUCGGCACAGCAGAAAAAUGGCAUAGUUAUACCAGACCACAGAAAAAGAAGAGACAAUCGUCCACAGUGUGAGGUGGUCAAGGCAGAACUAAAGGAAAAGACUUCUAAACACAACCACAAACCACUGAGACCCACAGAACUCUCUCAGAGGCAAUCCGAAAAUAAAAGGGCUGUGAACCACUCCAGUGGUAGGGCGGCCCCUGGCACGCGGAGGGAUAUAGUGCCUAAAUGCAACGGGGGUCUUGUCAAAGUAAACUCUAAUCAGACAGUAGUUAAAGUGCCUACGACGCCCACGAGCCCAGUGAAAAACUGGGGCGGAUUCCGAAUUCCAAAGAAGGGGGAGAGGCAACAGCAGGGCGAGAGCCCGGAGGAGACCUGCCGCCAGAACGCCAGCUACCCCUACCUGGGCAUGGGCAGAGUUUCACCGAAGGACAGGGCAAAAAGCAAGCUAAAGCCUGACAGCGAGAAUGAUGGGUACGUCCCCGAUGCCGAAAUGAGCGACUCGGAGACUGAAGUGGCUGAAAAAAAGUGCAGGCAGCAGCGGCUCAGUCCAAACAGCACUAUCAGCAGAAGGACGGACAUUAUUAGGAGAAGCAUCCUGGCAUCCUGACUGGACACAGGGACACGGUGUCAGCACCGUGCUCGGUAGAGUCACUGCCUACAAGCCAACUCCACAUUAUUUAUUGGUGUGAGAGAGGAGAGUUCUUAGACAUGGCUACAGACUGACAAAUUGAUAACCCAUUAUUCCUGAGCUGUAUAAACAUGUUUACAUGCACUUAAAGCUGUUUUUUUUGCCCGCCUCCCCCCCAAAUUCUGUGAGAAGUUUGAAUCUCCUUUAUUUGCAACUUCCCUGAGCAAGCAGAGAAAUGACAUCACUACUAAAAUAGGAUUUGUGAUGAACGCUAAACUAACUCACAAAAACCUUUUAGAAGGGGCUAGGGUGGGUAGGGGGACGUAGGCUGCAUUUAUCCCUUUUAGCUAAAAAGCACUGAUAAAAUUUUACUCCCUCCCCCUGCCUUCUGGAAAAGCACAAGCUCUUAAUUUAACUAGUGUGUAUCGAAUCGAAGAUGGUUGUUUAACCAUACUGCACUGCUAAACCCCAUUACAAAUGGUCACUUUCCUGGGAUGGUGGUGGGUCUUUCUCCUCUCUUUGCAGAAUGUUUUCUGUUGCAUUCAGUUUGAGCAUAGAUGGCAGCUCAGAACCCUCCGUAAGCUCCAGAGUUUACAUGUAAAUACACCUACGAGAUGACCAGAUUUAACCGUGACGUUAUACUGGAGGAGGAAGGGGCAGGUCAGGGCGGCAGCUGCCUUACAGUGCAACGGCUUGAAAAGACUCAGACUGGAGCACAGAGGAACCUCAAAGGUGAAAGUCAAACAGGGCACUGGUGAAUCUGAAGUUACACAGUCGCUCUUGGGAUGUGUUAAAAGAAAAGUACUUAGCUGAUCAAACACCAACAGACAGACAAAAGGUGAAUGCAGGUAAGUUCUACUCGACAUACAGCAACGUUUUCCAGACAGGCAGCGUUAUUUUCUGUAAGAAAGAAGCUCAUGACCACAUAGGGAAUUGUUUGUCAAGCCAUAGAUGGAAUAAUCUAAAUUUUGAUUCUAAGUAAACAUUCAACCUCGCACCAGUUUGAAAGAGGUACCUUCUUAAUUUGCACUAUUACGAAUGCUAACGUUGUGCAGAAUUAAUGCCUUAUCUGUUUUGCUCCCCGACGUUUAGGUUAAUAAGCUUUCUAAUGUUUGAAGUUAAGCUGAACCAAAACCAAAAAAGCUGUAAGAAGACUGCAGUAUGACCAGCUCUGUAGGUUAGUUUUGUCUCCCAUGCUUAGCGCUCAGCAGAAGAGGUGUUGUAAGUACAGCAGUGACAAUACAAACCCACCCCUGUAUUUUAUUGGGAUAGAACCAUUUGCUGAAUUUCUGUUCUUAAGCGUUACCUUUCCUUGUGCAGACUGACCAAGAGAUCUUUGAUUAUGAUUGGUGUAUUCUGUCAAACUGUAGGCUAGUUGAACUUCUGUAAAGUUGCCUGGAAUGCCAUUUGUUAGGUUAUAAACUCACACAGAUCUAAAUGAAGGGUUAUACGUGUUGUGUAUAAAUCUUACUUUCAGAAAUUUGAGAACAUUGUCAUUACAUUUGUAAAACCUUGUACAGAAGAUUUUUCACUAUGUGCCUAGCUUUGGUGUCCAUUCAGCUGAAAUUAAUUAAAAAAGGUGCAUGAAGAGAAACAGAUAGAAAUAAAAAGUAUAUGUAGAGAUGACUAUUUUAUAUUACAUGGCCCAAUCCUGUAUUUAUUUUCUCCCUUUUUUGAAGUAUUUAUAAAGACCUAGUUGAAGACAGCUGUAUUUUUUGUUAAAAUAUUCAGUAGAAUUGUGCCUUUUUGUCUGUAUGUGAAUAAAUGCUGUACAUUUUUGCAGUACCCUUGCCA